AUUAAAUAACACAGAAAAUGAAAUGAAAUGAAGAAGCAGCAGCAAAAACAACAAUCACAAAUACCCAAAAUGAAGACGACACACAGACAGAAUGUGAAAAUCAUUUAAUGUGUGUAGAAUUUGACCGUUUAACGGCAGUCAGAUGACGAACUUCAUAACGAUCGUACACUAGAACCGUAGCAGGCGAAGAAAGCAAAACUUAAGCGAACAAAACGAGCAACGAAAGAUUUCCGGCGCUUAUAAAAAGGAAUAUAACGGUUUUAUUGUUUGAAUUCCAAUAAGAAGCCUCAUUCAGUUUUUAAGGAAAUUUCGUGCGGAAAUCUUUAAACAAAUUAAAUAAAAAUAACGAAGUGCAAAGCAAGUUCAAGUGCCAAAAUCUUCAAUUGAAAAAAAAAACAAAAUUUGAGGAAACUUCAAUAAAUAUUUAGAAAAAUGUUUUAAUACUGGAAAUAAAAAAGAAAAUAAGUGAAGUGCGAAACAGAAGAUAAUUGAAUUAAGCAUUUUCUCGCUUAGCCGAAUCCACAAGAUCCGCUCCGCAGCGAAAGCAAAAAAAGCGCACGGAAUCGUCGUCAGCGGAGGCGGCGGCGACGACAAAGGCGUCAGAUUCCACCACAAAUCCGUAUCCUGAUGAUAAGUCAUUAAAUAACUGUGAUAACGAUUCGACUAACACUGCUAACGACGGCCAAAGGAUGAUGUCACCGAAGCGUAUGAUCCUAUUAUUAAUUUUCUACAUAUCGUAUUUGAUGUUUGGCGCCAGUAUUUACUAUCAUAUUGAACAUGGUCUGGAGUAUCAUCGACGACAGGAGGAGCUUAAAGAGCGUAUAGCUAUAAACGAAUAUAUCCUAGAACAAUUGGAUGACAAAAAUGUCACAACACAAAAUGAAGUAUUGGAGCGCAUUAGCGAUUACUGUGGUAAACCGGUUACCGACUAUCGAAACGAUGAAUAUGAAAUACCCUAUACAUGGACAUUUUAUCAUUCAUUCUUUUUCGCCUUUACGGUUUGUUCAACGGUCGGCUAUGGCAAUAUAUCACCGACCACAACAUUAGGUCGAAUGAUAAUGAUUGUUUAUUCCGUAAUUGGUAUACCAAUAAAUGGUAUAUUAUUUGCGGGAUUGGGUGAAUAUUUUGGUAAAACGUUUUCAGCCAUUUAUCGGCGUUAUAAAAAGUACAAAAUGUCCCGUGAUGUUCACUAUGUGCCGCCACAGUUGGGCCUGAUAACAACAAUACUAAUAGCUUUGGUGCCGGGUAUAACAUUAUUUCUCCUACUACCGUCAUGGGUCUUUUCGUAUUUUGAAGAUUGGCCGUAUUCGUUGGCUCUGUAUUAUUCCUAUGUAACCACAACGACCAUUGGUUUUGGUGAUUACGUACCAACAUUCCAGCCACAACAGCCUCGAGAAUUUGGCGGUUGGUUUGUGGUUUACGAAAUAUUCAUAAUUAUUUGGUUCAUAUUCUCGUUGGGCUAUCUAUUAAUGAUUAUGACAUUUAUAACAAGAGGCUUACAAAGUAAAAAACUAGCACGUCUGGAACAGCAACUAUCAUCGAAUAUUAAGGCCACACAGCAUCGAAUUUGGAGUGGUGUUACCAAGGAUGUGGGCUAUUUGAGAAGGAUCCUUAAUGAAUUGUAUAUUUUGAAAUUUAAGCCGGUCUACACAGAAUCUGCCGAGUAUGAGUACUCCCUACAUCGUUCGGCUUCUUGCCCUGAACUCACAAUGUACCGAGUGGAUCCCGUUCCAGUACCCAGCCGUAAACGUGCCUUCUCUGAAUGUUAUGAUGCUGUUGAAGCUCGUGGCGACGACUCGCUGUUUACAGUUCAUGCUUCGUCAGAUACGGAACUCAAUAGAAUUGAUCGACAGAAAUCCUUUGAAACUGCCGAAGCUUUCCGACAAACCACAGGUCUAUUGGCGAAAGUGGUUACUGCUUUGGCUACGGUUCAACCGCCACCACAAGAUGAAGACACCACAGUGGGAGCGGCUAGUAUGUACGGUGGUUAUCAUGGCUUUUCUGAUUCACAAAUAUUGGCCAGUGAAUGGUCGUUUCCGGGCACCAACGAAAUACCCAAACCCAGAGGCAGGGCCUGUUCCGAUUUCAAUUUGGAUCCCAAAUGGAAAGGUGGCAGACGUUCUACCAUGCCAGCUCACCAAGAGUGGACAUGGAGCGGUGAUAAUGAUCAAAUUCAAGAGGCUAUUAACAGUCGCUGUCGCCAAAUGGAUCGUGAACGUGAGAACAUCUAUCGCAGUAGUCUGGGUCUACCCACUCUCGAUCAUGUGGUUAAUGUAGAUGAAGAUGAUUUCAACAGGAAACCACAAACGGCUUCAGGCCGAGCAAAGAAAUUCUCUAUUCCUGAUGGUUUCCGCAGGCUAUUUCCAUUCAAAAAACGUCCUUCGCAGGCGGAUUGGUCUGUUGUAGAAGGCGAGAAGGGAGACAAGCGCAAAUUCUCCGUUGCCAGUGUGCCUGAAGGCAUACCACAUAAUGUUCCCACUUUGGAUUAUUAUAGCACGGUGACCGCCAAUGCCAGUCCUACCUACUUCCGUAAUGGCAAACCCUUGCAAACAUCCAAUGGCAGUCUUAACACUCGCUUAUCGGUUUUGGGUUUGAACAAUAUCAACGAAAAUCCAAGACCAGAACUAAGUCAGCUAACGGAACUGAACAAUGGCAGCUCAAUUACAACCAAUACUUCGUAUCAAAGAAAUCCCCAGGCCCAGGGAGAUCGCAGGCGAAAAGUGUCGGCAUUUACCCAAAAUCCGGCUUUGUCCAAUCGCCGGGGCAGCAUGUUUCCACCGACAAGUGCUGCAGCAGCACUUUCGCAACGACGGGCCAGUGUUUUCAAUCCCGAACGAAGGGGUAGCAAUGUCUCUGUUGCUGGUUUUAAUCCGCCACCCAGAAGGGGCAGUCUGUUUCCACUGGCUGCCAAUGCUAAUCGCCGGCCAAGUCUAUUCUCCACAGCAUCCCAGGAGGAUGUGGAAAUUUUGGAAAAUACUACAUUGGCUGAUUUAAUAAGGGCUUUGGAAAUGGUGCACACCCAGGCGGUGUUGGAUGAACAAGUGGAGGCAUCAGCUCUGGCCAAUAAAUCGGGAGGCGGUGGACUUUCCAAUAUGUUCCGUUCCGAUAAGAAGAAACGUAAGGCAAGCGCUGCUGUUCUAGAUGAUUCGCCGCUACCACCCAUACUGUCAUUAUUUGGCAACGAUUCUAAGACUCUGAAUGCAGCAGCCGCCAACCGAUUGUAUGCUCGUAGGUCAACAAUUGUUGGAACUUUGCCGCAGACAUCACAUCAGCUCAAUCAAACUUCCAUUACACCCAGUAAUGCCAGCAAUAUACUGACCAGGCGCCGACAAUCAACGGUACAAAUUAAAGAUCCUCCACCCAGCUAUAGCGAAAGAGAUGGCCAAUCUUCAGUGACGAGCACUCCUUCGACACAAACGAAAUUCAAACGUCGUUUCAGUGUUCGACCUACAGCGCUGCAAAUACCACCGGGUAUGGCACCACCACCUGGUGUAAAUAUAAACACGGUAGUGUCCCAAAUGCCCAUGGGCGGACCAUCCACAUCAGCUGGAGCAAUGUCAUCGCUAGGACCACCUUCACAAACUGUGCUACAGAGACGUUUGUCGUUGAGGCCAUCACCGCUAGCCCAACCCACAAUAACCACAACAUCUCCAGAUGGUUCUACAACAACGACCAAUCCAUUACCAUCAGCGUCCAGUAGCACAGCUCGUUUGCUGCCAGCUCGACCAUCUAACACCAGUACACAUUCGCCAUUGUCACGUAUUGUGCAAAUAUCGCAAGCUCAACGUAAAUCUAGUAUGCCGGAUGGUUUCAGUACUCAAAAGCCAGAUAAAUAAGUCGAAAAGCCGAAGAUUAUGGAAAGAGAAAUCUGAUAUAGUUACGUUUUUUCUUCUUUCCAUUUACUCCAAAAUUCGAUCCAAAAUCAUCAUGCUGUGUUCCAGUCCCCUAAAGCUUAAGGUGAAAGUACAUAAAUGGCUUUUUUGACUGACUUGAGGGGGGGAAUACAUAAAGCGCUUAUCUGACUGGCUUAAGUCAUCGGCUGGCUUCUUCGGAAAUGAACAAAGGAGUCUAGAGCCAAAAUCGAACUAAGUCAACCUAAAACUCCUUUGUUCAUCUAUGAAGAAGCCAGCCAAAUAUGCGCUUUAUGUAUUUCGUAGAGGAACAAAGGAGUUAGGUUGACUUAGUUCGAUUUCGGCCCUAGGCCGAAGAAGCCAGUCAAAAAAGCGAUUUAUGUAUUCCCACCUUUACAUUAUUUAUUGAAAGUACACACUGGUGCAGCAGCAGCUAAGAAUGGAAAGAUUACGUUUAAAAUGGCAGUUGACGCUUUCAUUGUAUUCAAUAACUCGGCUAUAAGAAAAAUAGUCAAUAAAUAACCAAUACCAUUGUUGUAUUAAUAUUUUUAAUAUUUUCCAAAAUAUUGCCAAAUAUUUGUUAUAAAAAGACAAUAAGUUAUUAUUAUAUUCUUUGUAGUUUUAGUUACUAGUUAAGUAGAUAGCAGCAUUUAAUAUUUAUUGUUAAAAAUCGAGCAGAAAUGAACAAAUUUUUAAUAAACACAAAUAAAUACUUAAGAAAAAAAGGGUAAAGAAAUCUCCCAGGAUUUUUG